UGGAGACAUCGGUGCAGACGCAGAGGUGUAGUAGCCAGUAUAUAUCGUCUCUCAGGCUUCGUGUGUAGUGUGUACUGUGUACAUAAACAACCUAUCGGUUUUCUUACAUAUACCUAUUGCUGUGUGGACUCUCGCGAGUCUCUUGGAGUUUAUUAUUAUCUUACGUUAUUGAGCUGUCUAUAGCGAUUUCGCUUGGACGCAGAUUCAUUUGAGAAUUACCAAGAUAUUGAAAAAAUCAAAGAGGUAGAAAAUAUGGAGGCCCCAUUAUCAUCCUACUGGGUAAACUUUUUCAAAAAUGCUGGAUUUCCAAAAGAUGUUGCUACCAGGUACGCUGUAAUAUUCUCCAACAAUCGCAUCAAACCUGAUAUGUUACCAGAUUUGGAUAAGCCCAGUCUCAGAGAAAUGGGCAUUACUCUGAUGGGUGAUCUGAUAGCUAUUUUGAGGUACGCCAAGAACGUAGUGGACGAAACCAAGUGUCAAAAUCUUUUGAAUGCAAAUGACUCUCCUCCUGCGCGUCCAGUUAAGGCUGCCCCUAAAUCGACAAUUAAGAAAGCAAAUGUAACAGCUAAAACAACAACUGCCGUGAACAAAGUUAAGGCUGAUCCCUCAAAAGUGAUGAAAUCUAAUGGCAAUAAUCUAGCCAUGAAAGCAAAAAUUAUUCCGGCUGCAGCUAAUAAAAUGACAAUCAAAAAAAAAGUUGCAUCCAGCGCAGUGGCAUCAAAAUUGUACUCAGAUCUCAUUGAAGAGGCACCAAAAUUGAAAGUGGCUCCAAUGAAAAGGAAAUUUGAAAGUGAGUCAUCAGACGAUGAAGACUUGACUCUGCUCCUAGAAAGUGUGCACCAAUCUAGAAAACGACCUAAAAAUCCUGAAAUGAUGGAAAAUAAUAUGGAGUAUGGACCUAAGGUACCUCCCAUGAGAAGUCAGCAAAUUGUCAAGAAACCUGUACAGCCAAAAAAAACAGUUUUUCAUCGAUUAGGAGAUAGUAUGGUUUCUAGUACUACAAAUGUAGAUUCGCUGAAUUCUAGUUUUACUCCUUCAUUCACUGUUACUGGUGUUGGAAAAGAAAGUCAGAAACGAUCCUCUGACAGUGUUUUCAAUCGCCUUGGAAAUAAAGAUCAAACUUCUCCAUCGAACGGAGUAAUCAGAUCUACCACUAGUAUUUUAAAAACUCGAGUUCCAAUGAAAGGAACCAAAGUAUUGACUACAAAAGCAGCCAUUUCAAAAGUACCUGUCGGUACAAUGAGAGCUGAUCAAGAAGUCCUCACCAAAAAAUUGAUUUUAAAUCAAAAACCACAACCAGUUAUAACUGCUGCAUCUUUUAAACGCGUUCCAGGAAAAAAAAACAAUUUUCUUCAACGAGCAACAAAGGUUCCUGGAAAAUUGGCAUCAGAAAGACAAGAAAUAUCCGCAAAAUCCCGCCUUGGUUUAAAUAAACAAGUGACUUUCAAGAAAAUGGCUACAGUUAAUCACUUCAGGAAUCAAGGAACUGAAGUUAAACAGUUUAAAAAACAAGGUGUUUUUAGUAGAUUAGGAUAAUUUCAAAAAGCAUCUGGGUAAAACCUGUGUCUUAGAGUUGUACAUAUCUUGAGUUUUAAGAAUAUAUGAUUAGAAAAUAGCGCAUUGAUCACAUCCUGCUUUUCUGUUUUUUUUUUGUAAAAAGAUUUUCAUAUCUUUCAUUGUAUUCACGUUAUAGUAACAUAGAAAAAAUUGUGUAUAAUCUUGAACUCACGCUAGUUAUAAGUAUUUAAAAUUAAUUAUCAAAAAGUAUAACUUCUUUAAAAAAUCUAAUUAAUUUCAUUGAAGUGUAUGAAAUCUUGACAUAUUUAUUUUUAUAAAGAAAGUAAUUUUGUUCGACAUCAUUUGAAAGCUUGCAUUAAGUCUAUUUAUCGUGUGCAAAAAAAAAUCAAUUUCAAUCCAAAGUAAUACAUUAGUAGAGUUACUAAUCAUGUCCUCAAAAGAAUAUAUAUUAGUUCGAAUUCAGUUUAAAAAUUAUGUUAAAAUAUAAUUAUGAUAUGAUGUACAAUAAAUUAUAAAAUUGCAAUGAAAAAUAAUU